GUAUUUUAUAUUCUAGUGUGUCGGAUAUGAGGAUUUAUCCGACAUGAAAUUUGACCCUAUUUCAAAACCUUCGGGCAUCUCCUUCUCCUUCACCUUCACCUUCGCUUCCCUUGGAACUGCGCCGCUGCUCCUUCCCUUGGAACCCUCGGGCAUCUCUUUUCCAGCCUCGCCGCCGCUGCUCUUCAUCUCCUUACAAGAUGAGUACUAAUGAUGAAGCUGUGGAUGAACAAUUCGAGGAGCAAUCUGAGCAUUCCGAAAGUGGAAUGAUGCUUCAAUUGAGAACUCAACGCAAAACUCGUGGGCCUGGCAAAAUAAAAUGGGCCAGCAAAGAUGGGAGAGGAAAAGAAUAUUGUGAAUUUGGUCCGACUGGGAAAUGCAUUAGUGCCAAUAGUGUCAACUUUUCUAAGUUGAUUGCGUCUGAGGUCAAGGAUCCCAGAAAUCUUCCUUUGAAGACUGAUUGGCGAUUGAUUGAUGAAGAUGUCAAGGAAGUUUUCUGGAAUACAAUACGUGACACUAUUGCUUUUCGUGAUGAAGAUCUGGUUAAAAUGCCCCUCAUCCGCCUUAUGACGCUUUCUAUUGCCGAGCAUGCACAUAAAGAAUAUAGGAAUUAUUUGAAGAAAAUCUUCUACAGUCGCAGACAAGGGGAGGAUCGCUUACAGUGUCCUCCUAAUGUGGAUCCCGGCCAGUGGGUGGAGAUGGUGCGAUAUUGGGAUAAUCCAAAAACGAUGGAGAAGGCUGAAAAAAAUAGGAUCAAUCGUCAAACCAAAACUAUGAACCACACAACAGGAUCAAAGACAUUUGUCAGAGUUCGGGAAGAAUAUAGGAAGGAGCAUGGAGAAGAACCAGAUCCUAUUGCUUUCUUUCGCAUGACCCAUUCACGGAAAGAUAGUACAUGGGUUGAUGAAACGGCUCAACAAAAAGGGGCAUCUAUGGAGAGUGUCGUUCAAUCUAAGGUUGAGGAUGGAGGAGAAGACACUCCUGAACUUCGAACUCAAGUCUAUGUCGAGGAGAUGGGUCCUGAGAAUAGGAAUAGAGUUCGAGGUUAUGGACAUGGGGUGACACCUGUGAUGGUGCCGUAUGCUGCUACUGGUUCAUCAAAGAGAUCAUCGAGUAGUCGAGAAGCCAUUGUGCAGGCUGAGAACCUUAAAUUGAGGAGGAAUGAAGAGGCUCGUACUACAGAGUUAGAUGAGUUAAAGACCCAGCUUCAGCAGAUACAGGCGACGCAGCAGCAGAUGAACCAGCAGCAGCAGAUGAUGAUGAUGAUGUUUAUGCAAGGUAUGCAGCAGCCACAGACUUACCUGCCAUGCCCCCUGGCACCACAGCAUUCGGAGAGAGAGGGAGGGAGAAGGGGGGAGAGCAGUCGUUAUCUUCAGCAAAUACAGGCAGCGCAGCAGCAGAUGAACCAGCAGCAGAUGAUGAUGAUGAUGUUUAGGCAGGGUAUGCAGCAGCCACAGACUUACCCGCACAGCCCUCAGGCAUCACAGCAUUCAGAGAGAGAGGGAGGGAGAAGGAAGGAGAGCAGUCGCAAAAAGAUGAGAAGGAAGAAGUAGGGAGGAGGGAGCGCAGAGAGGAGGAAGGAGAGCUCGUCGAAAGAUGAGAAUGAAGUAGGAAGUAGAGAUUUUCUGAGUGUGUCCGGUACACGGAAUGACUUUGAUCUAGUAAAAUUUUCAUCUGCAACAUUAUUAAACUCUUAAAUUCUUAAAAUAUGUCUCGAGUUUUCAACUCUACUCCACGUUUUUUCA